GGCUGGGUCCGGCCUGGGAGAAGAGUCCGCUCGAAACCUGGGCCUGCGAUCCCCGACUCGGUUUUGCCCGCUGCCCGCAGUGGUCGAAGCGCAGCGGCCCGGCUCGCUCCCGCGCCCCUCGGAGCGCCCAGAGCCCGCGGUCCUUGGCGUCGAGCUCAGCGGCGUCCGACCCCGGCGCGUCUCUGGCCGCCAUGGCCGCCGCCGCGGGCCUGCGGGCCUUGGGGGCGAAGGAGUCGGGCUGGCUCCGGCGCGGCCCGUGGCCUCCGCUCACCGCCGGCUUGUGCAGCGGGGGACCGGCCGGGGUCGGGCGGCCGGAGCCGGGGUCGCGACCCACCAGCACGCGGCUGCGGGACGGCAUCAGGUCAGCGGCCCGCGGGCGUGCGGGGCUGUUCCCAGGGAGGGUGGCCGGCGGGACCCGGGAAGAGAGAGGGGCGGAGGAGGCCGGGCCGCCGACCGCGCCACCCCACGCGGAGUACAGCGAGGCUCCGUCAGUGGUCAGCUCCGCCCGCCACGGAGCCCAGUUUAUCCAUCACAGCGGAUCGGUCCGGCGGAGAGGUCCGACGUGGAGGAAAUCCGCGGAUGCUGCGUUUACAGACGUCCCUUGCCUGGGCCCAGUGGCCUUCGCGACCCUGCAGGACGCACACGGAGGAUUUAAGUGGGGCUACCUGGGAGGCUUCCAGCACUGCCUUAAUCCUGAGUGUUACUGUCGCACCUCACUCUUGGAUGGAAGCGAAGCAGGUGUGUUUGCUCUUCAGGUCAUGAUGCUGAUCCAGGCCCACCCGGUCCCCAUCAGCAUGGUGAACGGCCUGGCCACUGCUGCCGGGUGUCAGCUGGUUGCCAGCUGUGACAUUGCUGUGGCGAGUGACAAGUCCUCCUUUGCCAUGCCGGGCGUGAACAUCGGGCUCUUCUGCUCCACCCCCGGGGUGGCCUUGGGGAGAGCGGUGCCGAGAAAGGUGGCCUUGGAGGUGCUCUUCACCGGGGAGCCCGUUUCUGCGCGGGAGGCCCUGCUCCACGGGCUGCUGAGCAGGGUGGUGCCGGAGGACGAGACCACGCGGAUGGCGAGGAAGGUGGCCUCGCCGGGCCGGCCCGUGCUGUCGCUGGGCAAAGCCGCCCUCUACGGGCAGCUGGCUCAGGACCUCAGGACCGCCUGCCACCUCACCUCCCAGACCAUGGUGGACAACCUGGGCCUGCCGGAUGCCCAGGAGGGGGUCAAGGCCUUCCUCCAGAAGAGGAAGCCCGUCUGGUCACACUGAGCGGCCUCAUCAGAGGAACCGGGGGCCGUGAGCCCAGUGGGCAGCGCUCAGGGUUUCCCCCCCACCGGCCCCACCCGUGACCUUCCGACCCCCAGACACCACCGCUGCCUCGUGACUGUAGCAGAGCCAGCCUGCCUUUCCGGCAUCAGUCACGUCUCAGUGCACGGGGUCUGGGUUACGAGUCAGCGCUCCCUGGAGAAGGGGUGACCUGGAGAGUCGGGUGCUAACGUGAGCGGAAGGGCUGUGAGCACACAAGAAAGCCCAUGUGUGACGCUCCUUCCCAGGACCUUAGAUGAGGGGAUGCCCCCCCCAGGGG